UAUUGUAGAACGGGCCUUACGACUGUGGGACAGUGUGGGACGCUACUCCAAAAAUUCGUGUGCCGACAUUUUAUCUGCUCCGAUGGGUCAAUGUCGUGAUGCAACUUGGCAUAGACUUUUCCCGAAAAAACUUGUGAAUCUAUAAAGAACAAGAGAAAGGCAACAGCUUGCAACCAAGUCACUCAAGAUUGCACAUUUAUAAAAAGGCUGACUAAGCCGAAUAUACCGCACGUGUUGAACGGAUCGAAGAAUCGAUUAUAAUCGUGUUUUCCGUCGUAAUAAGCAAAAAAAAGACACCUCUUUUAGCUCAGCAAUACGCUGCAUCUGCUACAGUCUCCUUUCUCUUUCUAGCUCGUUCAUCAAAAAUAUUGCAACCAUGAGCUACGGUUAUAAUAAAUACAGUUCCACUAUGAGUUCUCGUGGUCGUGGAUUUAUUCCUCGUGGAGGUGGUUCUUAUAGAGGAAGAGGUGGUGGCGGAGGGAAUGAAUGGAGCAGCGGUUCAGCGGGUGGAAAUAUGUCUGGCAGAGGAGGUUAUUCGUCAUCUAGAGGCGGUAGAUUUAAAUAUUCUACAACAAGCUAUGAUUCUCGAUCAAAGUAUAAUUCAGGAGGAUCGGAGAGAUAUUCGAGCAGAGGCGGUCGUGGUGAACAUUCAAAUAGUUAUAAGAGACCACGCGAUUCCUAUUCUGGAAGAGACGAUCAUCGAUCAUCUAGCGACUCUGCGCGUAAAAGGAUAAGAAGUGAUUCUUAUCAGGGUGGAGGUAGCGGUAGCGGCUCUCAGAGGUAUUCGUCUUACGGCGGCUCGUCUGCAUCGGCGCCUUAUGACGAUAAUAAGGGAUCAUCAUCGUCCGCCGUUUACGAGGACAAGAGACAGAGCGAGCGCGCGUCGUCGUACCACCGUUCCGAGGAUCGUCAUUCCGCAUCGCGGAGCUACGCGCCACCGCCACCCCCUCGAAUUAGCGAAAUGGCGCCGCCCCCGACUCAGAGAUACAUCUCUAGUCGUGGAAGAAUAUCGCAUCAGAGCUCAAAUUACCGGGGUCGCAUUUCGACCCGCGGCACCAGCGGCAGAGGGGGUGCGUUUCAUCGCGUGAGCUCACGCACGGACAUCAUGGCUCGCAAGCGUACUCUGCACUCGCUCGACUAUCGUCGAAAGCUGCUGGGCUCACGCUCGCGCGACUACAUCCAGCGUAUGCGCAUGACCACUACCAAAUUGCGCAGGAGUAGCGGUACUACUAGGCUACCCGGAAGUAAAAAGGACUCGGGAUCAGGAACCAGCGUGAAGGACAAGGAUAGAGAGAUGGCCAAAGCCAUAAAUGCCGAGUUUUCCGAUGACGAUGAUGAAGAGGAUGAUAAUAAGAGUAAUUGGGACGACGAAGAGAAGCCGCACGAAGGCGAUGAAGAGGAAGAAAUCGAACAGGAAGAAGAGAAAAAGAAAAAGGAGGACAAACGCAAGAAGGAAAAACAGGAUAGAGAAAGAGAACAUACCGAGGACGAAGAAGAAAAGGAUGAUGAUAUUAAGGAAGACGAUGAUGAUCAGAAGAGAGAAGUGGACGAAGACGACGACGAUGACGGCGAUGACGAGGAACGAGGCGAGAACGAGAAAGCGGAACGCGAUAGAACUGCAGAUUCGGAAGAAUUACCGAGUAGACGGGACGGUAGAAAAUUCAUAAAACUGAAGUGUCCACAUUGCGCCCAUCAUAGCGUAACUUUCAAAGAAUAUUCGCUUCACCUGUUCUCCGGUCGUCAUAGCGCGGCAAUGAAGCGUAUCGCAGCUCGACACAAGGCGACUCUCACGCGUAUGAGAGUUGUACAACGGCAAGAACAAAGACGUAUCGAAGCUCGCGAUGCAGCACGUGGUACAUUGCCCUCACGUACCAUGUUUUGUGCCAUUUGCAAGUUGAAUUAUCGUUCCUUGAAAUCUGCCCAUCAGUUGUCCGAAUCUCAUCGUCAAAUGAAACGAUUCCUCACGCCAUUCUGUCGCGUUUGCCGUAUACAAUUCCGUUCACCAAUGUUUUUCGAAACACAUAUGUGCUCCCUGGAGCAUAUCAAGAGAAAGAGUAUACUGCGAGAAAGAAUGAACGCAAAUGGGAGCGGCGAAGCUGAAGCGGACUCGAGCGCGCCUGAGGAAGAUGAUAAGGAAGUUAAUCUUGACAACUUUAUGACAUUGGAUUCCGUAGGUGAUGUAGACGAAGAUGAAGAAUCUAACGAUAAAAAGAAAGAAAAAACCGAGGGUGAAAGUUCAAGUGAAGCGGAGAAAAAAUCGAAGGGCAAGCAAAUGAUAAAAGUCGGUGCGGAAUACAUAAAACGUGUCGAGGUGCAAUACUGCGAGUUAUGCAAGGUAUACCUGCCACGCAGUGAAAACACAGAAAGGGCGCUCGCUUUACAUUGUUCCAUGCGCAGCCAUCUUAAAAGCAUCGUAUCGUGUUGCAGAUAUGUGCGAGACAACGACGACAAGGCACUUAGACGUCAAGCAGAAAGGAUACAUCUGCAAUCAUCAUCGUCUUCAUCGGCUAAUCUGAACUCUACUAACUCAACUGCGAUCAAUACGUUAGAGACUUCAAAGACCUCUCCAACCAAUUCGGAACCACAAGCAUCAACAAAUACUACGCAAGUAGUGAUUACGAUCGAUAAUAAUGGCGUUAGUGACACGGAAUACAUCAAAAUCGAGGAAGAAAAAUCAAAUAGUAUGGAAUCCGAGAAAAAUGCGAAAGACGGUAAGAAUAAUCAGGGUGACGAAGAUGAUGACGAUGACUAUCGCGCGCACGGUGACGAUAAACUGACUUGGGACGACGUCGAUAAGGAUCUAGGCGAUAUUUUAAGAGAAAGCGAAGCAGGAGCAUCGAAAUCGAGCGACGACGAGGAUUCGCGUUAUGAUCGUUUUCGCAAUUCGGAUAAGAAGCAACAGUCUGGAAAAGAGAAAGAAAGCGAAAAGAAUGAGGUUGAGGAUAAGAACGGUAAUAACAAGAUUAAAGAUUUAAAAGUUAAACCUGAAAAAACAGAUAUGUAAUUGUGAAAUCGUUCUUGCGCAUCUUUGAUUCGACUCAUUUUUUAUUACUUCCGAUUCUUUUUCUCCUAAAUUAUCUUGGUAGCUUUUUUUUUUUAGGGAAUUACACGUAUAUAUAUUUACGUAUAAUUUCUCAAGCCAUCUUGUUUAAUCAACUAUAUUCCUUCAUCACACACAUUUAUAUUUCUUAUUUUAUAUUUCAAUUAAGGAUAUGUGUCAAUUAUAAUGUAUCUAGUAUAUUAUAAGGCUUGCAAUUUUAAUUUCAAUUUAUGUAAUUUCAAUAUGUAAGUGCUGCAUUAUUUGUAUGACCAGAGUUUGCGGAGAAACUAUCAGUAAGAAUGUGAACAAAUAUAAUUAUAUAUACACUCGAUAGAGAGUCACAUACGACAUAUUAAAUUAAAUAUAAAAUUUUCAAUUUUCAGUUAUUUGCGUGGAGAAACGUGUGCGCGCCUGAUCAAUGUGUGCGUCUCAUGUGUAGGCAUAUAAUAACACAUAGAUCAUUGACUAUAUAAUAAAUUCCUCAUUCUCUUUUUCUCUCU